GUCUCGGGGCUCGUCGUCGUCGUCGGCCUCCGGCCAGCCCCGGGCGCGGCGCGCGAUGUGGCGCCGGGCGGGCGGCCUCGUCGGCGCGCUGCUGCUCUCCGCGCCGGCGACGGCAGGGGCGCCGCAGCCGCAGGAGCAGCUGGUCUCCGUGCAGCCGCUUGUGCUGGUAGUGAAGGACUUUGCCUCACCCGAGGAAUGUGACCAGAUAAGGGAGCUGAUCAGGAAGUGCCACGGCCAGGAGUGGCCGGAGUGCCACGAGCUGCGGUCGAAGCUCCACAGUGGUCAGAAAAACAGCGUGGCUGGCCAGCCUGAUCGUCCGCGCCGUAAUUCUACCUCGUUCCAGCUGUCCUUGCUAGGCGAGAUCGACGGCGUCAUCGACACCAUAGUGCGCAGGGCGCACGUGCUGGCGCGGCAUCCUGUCACUGCUGGCGAGGGGGUGCAUCGGUUGCCACAGGAGAUUCCCGCGUGCGCACCCGCUCGCCGAGGCUUUUCCGCCGGGCAACCCUGCUGCUCUACUUGA